GAUAGGAACAAAAAAGAAUCAAUCAAUCGAUCUAGAACUCAAAAAAUAUCGAAAAGAACUAUUAUUCCAAGUAGCGAAGAUGAGGACUCUAUGGCUGAUAGUGAAACACUCGUUACAACUGAUGUAGGUGAGACCCAAACUGAGACAUCUGAAACAAGUGAAACAUGUACUCUUUUGUCAACUGAGGAAACUCUUGCUACUUCUGACACUGGGGAAACUACAUGGAACCCAUAUUUGGGCAAUGCUACAAUCGAAAAUGUUUGGACAUCGAAAAAAUCAAGUCGCAGACAUCCAAAUAAGAAUACCACAAACUUUAAGAGGCAUACGCAUUUGGGAAAAUUGAAGCCAAAUCGCAAACCUAUAAUUGGCUCUCCUAAAUUCACAUCGACUAUGUUAGAGGGAACUGUUCAUAGCUCCUCCCCUAAAAGGAGGCGGAGCGCAUUUAGUAUGAGUAGCGAUUCAGAACAAAGUCGCUCUAGUAAAAAGUACAAAUCAUCAGGGUACGAAUGUGAUAUGGAAGACUCUGAAUGUACCAGCAAAUCUGGACUGAAAACUAAAACUUUUAAGAGCAAGAGGAAGUGUCUCGGAAAUGAGGAACAUAAUGAUGUCAGCGUAUGUAAUGGACCGGGAAUGUGUUCAAAGUCAUUUUGCUUUGACUGUUUGGAUGCUUAACUCUUGGAGGCCUGCAUUAUUUGGCUGAAAAUUAAUUUUAUUUGCUACCAAUUUGAUUUAACAAGAUCAAGAAUCAGAAUUAGCUUUUUUCCUUCUUUUUUCAGAUUAUUACAUUAAAUACAAUACAUAGACUGCCAAAGUUAAAUUGGUGGCAGAAUUAGC